AUGAUUCGAAAACUGGUACAACACUUUACGAGGCAUACUGUCACACUGUGUGUGGUCUGUACCUUGGCAUAUACCCCCUUCUCAGAAUCCAGUAGGUGGUCACCAAACUCCCUGGCAAAGUCCAUUACUUGUCUCUAUUCAUAAUCUGUGGUAGGAUACGUUGGAAAAUGGUAGACUCGCCCAAAAACUCGGUGAAGAUUCACAAGUCCCACGUCCUGAGUCUGAUGCAUUCCACCUCUAUGUCGCAGCCAGCACAUGCUCCCGAAGUCUGUUUAUUUUGAAUGAUGAGUCCUGGAUGGGUCUUGCCCCCAUGGAUUCGAAGGCUGGUGACUUAAUAGCCUUAUUAGAAGGAGGAGGAGUGCCAUAUAUCCUGCGCCCAAAGUAUGAGAUGGGGGAAACCCUUUUUGAGAUAAUCGGAGAUGCCUAUGUACAUGGUAUUAUGGAUGGGGAGGCAUGGAAUUCGGCCGCUGUACAGGAUAUUAUUCUAGUAUAA